GUGUCUCUCCCACACAGGCGCACUCCCGCCUAGUGGUGCGGUGCGCGAUGGCACGUGCACAGGCCUUCGUCGUAGUUCUUCUGUUGGGCGUCUUUCUCUACUCGAGUGCAUACACAUUUACUCCUGCCACGAAAGGAAUAUCUCACCAACACGUCGCUCGGCGGCGGCGCGUCUCCCCGCUGCGCAUGGACGACGAGAUCGCUCGCAAGGGAAUCAAAGAGGAGCUCACAACUCGAGACGAGUACCUCGCAACGAGGUUCACGAAGCUGUCCAAAAGCCAGCAUGACCUGACGCCUUUCACCCCGUCAGAAACGAAAGCGGCGGCCUCUCAUCUGUCGCCCAGGCAAGAGGCGAUGCUGUUCGGAGGAGCCAUGGAAGACGACAGACAAAGCUCUCAAGCUCGGCACGAUCACGGCAACAACUACAAUGAUGACGACGACGACGAUGAAAGUCGAGGCUGGCGCGACCAUAGGGAGAAGGGCCUCUACGCGUGCGCCGUGGGAGGUCUGCCCCUCUUCACCUCCGGUUGGAAGUUGGAGCCAAGAGCAGAGGACGACUGUCCAAGCUUUGCGGAGCCCUGCGACGACGAGCACUUGGUCGAGGAGCACGACGCCGAGAACGGGGUGACUGCUGUCUCGUGUGCGCGGUCGCGGGUGCGCCUUGGCAGAGUGGUGGGCGAUGCGGGGUCGCCUUCCGGCAAAAGGUACCUAAUUCGCAGCGUGGCGCUAGAGUUCCACCCGCUCGGGAAACCGCUGCCGGUGCGCUGCCAACCGGAAAACUACUGGGGCUCAGAGGGACAGUAUCGUGCGUGGGUGCUGGAGUGA